AAUAGGGAGCUUCCCUAGAAUUAUUCUUAGUUAUGAUGUUAUUGAGGACAUAACAUUUUCUUGUUUCAUAUCUAAAGGCAACUUAAACUACUUUGACAUAGUUCUGCUACUUAAUGUAAAUGUUCCAAGUUAGAAGUAGAGUUGGAGGUCAUUUGCUAGAUUGUUAUCAGAAAAUAAUCCAGGAAUUCUGUAAGUAGAUCCUACUUUUGGGAGACAAGCAGGCAGGCCUUGAUACCCUGUCUCCUGUAGCUUCUGCUGUUGCUACCACCUCACCUCUGUCCUCCUUGUCUUUAUUCUUGUCUGACUCACUUCCAUACCCACCAUUUCACAGUGCCUUAGUUAGAGUUUUACUGCUCCGAAGAGACACCACAACUACAGCAACUCUUUUUUUUUUUUUUUUGAGACAGGGUUUCUCUGUGUAACAGCAUAGCUGUCCUCCGGGAACUCACUCUGUAUAUAGGCUGGCCUCGAACUCACAGAGAUCUGCCUGCCUCUGCCUAAGGAAUAAAGGCGUGAGCCACUACCUCCCAGCCACAAUAACUCCAAUAAGGAAAACAUUUAAUUGGGGUGGCUUACUUACACUUCAGAGGUUUAGUCCAUUAUCGUCAUGAAGUAAAUUGUCUUCUUAGGCGUGACCUGAGCAUAUAUGAGACCUCAAAACCUGCCUCCAUAGUGACACAGUUCCUCCAACAGGAGCACACCUCCUAGUAGUGCCACUCUCUUUGUGGGCCAUUUUCUUUCACACCACCAUACAUAAUAUUCUUGUCACUUCAGUAGUGACCACACUUCUUACAUACCCACGGGCUGCUUUUCUGUCAUCGUGUCUCAUGGCCUUUUAGUGGCAUUGGAAGAACAACCUGUUCCAUCCUUCCUGAAACAUCACGCUUUCGUUUUUACUUUUCUGAUACUUGAUGGUUUUUCUAAGUCCCCAGUUACUUCUUAGGUCAUCUCCCUUCUGCCCUGUAUGAAGUUCCUCAGGAAUUCCUCUGUGAGAUUAACCGUGAUUGUCAACUUGGUGUGUAUAUCUGUGAUGAGGAUUUUCUAGAUUGGGUUUACUUUGGUGGUGGGAAGAUCCAACCAAAUUUGUGGGUACCAUUUCAUGGAUAUAGAGUCUAGGACUGAAUGGAAAAGAAAAGUCACCACUCAGCAGGUAAAGGUGCUUGCCACCAUGUCUGAUGACCGGAGACUUGUCUGUAGGACCUUCAUGAUAGAAGGAGAACACCAACUCUGGAAAUUAUCCUCCAGAGGUUGCUGUGGCAAGUGUGUACACACACACACACAAAAAUAUUUUAAAGAAAAAAAUAGAAGAAGAACUGAUGGCCAGCAUCCUCUCUCUGCUUCCUGACUGUACAUGGAGUGACCAGCUGGUUCGUGUCCCUGCUGCCAUGCUUCCCCCACCACGAUGGCCUGUAACCUCCAGCUGUGAGCCAGAUUUCUCAAACAGUUAGGCCUGCACCCUAACUGGCAGUUUGUUGAUGUGUACGGGAUGGAGCCUGAACUUCUCAGCAUGGUACCCAGACCAGUGUGUGCAGUGUUACUCCUCUUCCCUAUCACAGAGAAGUAUGAAGUGUUUAGAACAGAAGAGGAAGAAAAAAUAAAAUCUCAAGGACAAGAUGUUACGUCAUCAGUGUAUUUCAUGAAGCAAACCAUCAGCAACGCCUGCGGGACAAUAGGGUUAAUCCACGCCAUUGCAAACAACAAGGACAAGAUGCACUUCGAAUCUGGAUCAACCUUGAAAAAAUUCCUGGAGGAGUCUGUGUCAAUGAGCCCUGAAGAAAGAGCCAAGUACCUGGAGAACUAUGACGCUAUUCGAGUUACUCAUGAGACCAGUGCACAUGAAGGUCAGACUGAGUCCUCCUCGCCAUCCUCAUCCCAGCCUCAUUCUAGCCACUGCAGAGCGAAGGCCUCAUCACUGUGUCACCAUGCAUCCCUGCCCUGGGUCAAACGUAACCAUGUAGGCCCUGCAAAGGCUACCAGUCCAUCUCUCCGUCUUCGUCGCUGGCGACCCUUCUUACGCCUACCAUCUUUGGGUCUCCAUUCUGUUGCACCAAGUAUAGAUGAGAAAGUAGAUCUUCAUUUUAUUGCGUUAGUUCAUGUAGAUGGGCAUCUCUAUGAAUUAGAUGGACGGAAACCAUUUCCAAUCAACCACGGGAAAACUAGUGAUGAGACGUUGUUAGAGGAUGCCAUAGAAGUGUGCAAGAAGUUCAUGGAGCGUGACCCCGAUGAGUUAAGGUUUAAUGCAAUUGCUCUCUCGGCAGCAUAGCUUCUCGACAGAAAUGCCAAAUGUGUGUUAUCUGCAACAAAACUUACAUUUCUGCUGCCAUAACUAACUCAAAAUUUUUGAUAUUUUCAUUAACUUGACUGAUUAAACUUUAUGUGAAUAAACUUUGA